AUGAUGCGAUUGGCGAAACUCACGUGCGCGCUCCUUGUCGCUGCCAUGGCGUCGCCUGUCCCGCUUGACAUUGGCGCCGACAAUGCGCUCGCGCUCAGCGCCGACGGCUCCAAGCCCGUGAGCCAGAUCAUCGAGAGGUCGGGCGCCACGUACAUCUCGGUCCACUUCUCCUCGAUGAACCUCCCGGACGGCGCGUCGAUCACGAUCACGUCCCUCGACGGCAGCAAGAAGGUGUCGUACAACGGCAAGCACGACAACCUCUUCACGACGACGAUCGAUGCGGACCGCGUCGUCCUCACGUACUCGGCGCCGUCGUACGAAAAAGCCUCGAGCGGCAGCAUCUUUGUCGUCGACAAGUUCAUCUCUGGCACGGGCGGCUCCAAGAACCUCCUCGAGUCCAUCUGCGGCACCGACAACUCCAAGCCGUCGCACAAGGCCGUCGCGCGCCUCCUCAUCAACGGCCGGUCGCUCUGCACGGGCUGGCUCAUUGGCUCGGAGGGUCACAUGAUGACCAACUGGCACUGCAUUCAAGACGCGGUCAAGGCCAAGAACGUCCAGGUCGAGUUUGCCGCCAAGUGCGCGACGUGCGACGACGCGAACAACACCGUGCAGCGCGGCUGCAAGGGUGACAUCGUCGCCACCGACGUCGAGUUUAUCGUCUCGGACAAGAAGACCGACUUUGCGCUCGUCAAACUCAAUCUCAAGGACGGCGCGAACCUCAAGCAGUACGGCUACCUCAAGGUACGCCCGUCCGGCCCGAUCCUCAACGAAGAGAUCUACAUCCCGCAGCACCCGAACGGCCACCCGCAGCAUAUGGCGCUUGUGGACGACAACGGCGCGGCCGGCAAGAUCACCGACUUGAGCAGCGGGAGUUGCUACAACGACAUCCCCGAGAAGGACUAUGUCGGUCACCAGCUCGACACGCAAGGCGGAUCGUCUGGCUCGCCGAUGCUCAGUACCAAGGAAAACACCGUCGUCGCACUCCACAACUGCGGCGGCUGCAACAACGGCGGAAUCAAGAUGAACCGUAUCGUCGACUUUCUCAAGUCCAAGAACAUUCCGCUGCCCAAGGACGCGACCAGCGACGCGCCGACGUACGCGCCGACGUCUGCACCGACGACCCAGUCGCCGGCGCCGGCCAACACGAUCUCGUUCUGCUCGAUCUCGAACCGCGUGCUCUCCGAGUACUACCGGGGUCUGUACCAGGACACGCCCAAGGGCAACAAGAACGAACAGUUCGUCUACGACCAAGCGGCUGGCACGCUCGCGGUGCAGAGCAACGGUGAGUGCCUCGACGCGUAUGCGGCGGACGCAGGCUUCAAGCUGCACACGUGGGCGUGCGACGCGACCAACGGCAACCAAAAGUGGAUCGUCGCCAACAACCAGAUCGUGCACAAGACCCACAACGUGUGCUUGACGUCGAUCGCGGGCAAGAAUGACGUGGCGCUCGCGGCGUGCGACUCCAACGACAUUCGCCAGCGCUUCUCGACGAGCUGCAAGGACAAGAACGUGCGCAGCUACGUGCAGAUCCGCACCAAGCGCGGCAAGUACAUCUCCGAGUGGAACGGUGGCUUGUACGCCGACGUCGGGCGCAACAACGCGAACGAGCUCUUUGAGCUCGACAGCGCCAACCAGUGGAUCAAGAGCGUGAGCAACAACGGGCAGUGCUGGGACGCGUACAAGGACAGCAAUGGCGUCGGCCACCUCCACACGUACGCGUGCUCGACGGGCAACGCCAACCAAAAGUGGAUCAUCGCCAACGGCCAGAUCAAGCACGCGACGCACGCCAACUUGUGCUUGGACGUGGACCCGAACGACGCCAACCACCGCGUUCAAGUCUGGGACUGCGGCCACAACAACGACAACCAGAAGUUUGACGUGCUCGUCUUCUAAGCCUGGAUCGUCGUACGAGCCCCUUGAUGUACAUACUAGUAGAUGACGAUAUGAAUGAAUGAAAAUC